UACUACUUAAGUGAUUUUUUUAAAAAUAACUUAAAAAAAAAAUUGUAUUUUUUCCCUGUUUUUUUUUUUUUUCUUAUUUAUUUAAUGUUUUGGUGACGUUUUAGAAGAAGACUGAUUUCAGGAUUGUUGUGAGCGAGAGACACAUACACACAAACGCACACAGAUGUUGGACACACGCACACACACAUGUUGUAUGCAAAGAAACAGUUGGUUUGGUGGUGAGGGCUUAUAUAGAGGUCCGCUUAAUAUGGGAGUGCUAAAUCUGGCAAGUGGCAGGUGCAAAAAUGUUGAGGGCAAGGUCGUCGUCGAACCGAGAGACUCCAACGACGCCGAAGCCGACGACGACGACGACAACGACAACGACGAGGAUUGUUGGCAUGGGCGUUGGAGGCUUACUGUCGUCGUCAAUGGCGGCGUCCCUCACUCGCUCCGCCUUCCGCAUCUCUCUCUUGCUUCUCCUCCUCGCCGCCAUCGCCGUCGCUUGCAUUUCUUUCCCCGUCCAAAAGAUAUUGAAAGAUUUCUUGCUAUGGGUUAGGCGGGAUCUUGGACCUUGGGGUCCAUUUGUACUGGCUUUUGCAUAUAUCCCUCUUACUGUCCUGGCAGUUCCGGCCUCAGUACUUACGCUUGGAUGUGGUUAUCUAUUUGGGUUGCCAGUGGGGUUCAUUGUUGAUUCUGUUGGCGCUACCAUGGGUGCCACAGCUGCAUUCAUUCUCGGUAGGACAAUGGGGAGAUCAUAUGUGAUUUCUAAGUUAAAGAAUUAUCCAAAGUUUCAGGCUGUUGCUAUCGCAAUUCGCAGAUCGGGCUUUAAGAUUGUUUGGCUGCUUCGGCUUGUUCCCUUACUUCCAUUUAACAUGUUGAAUUAUCUACUAUCUGUGACUCCUGUUCACCUAGGAGAGUACAUGGUGGCUUCUUGGCUAGGAAUGAUGCCACUCACUUUCGCACUAGUAUAUGUAGGAACAACUCUGAAGGAUCUCUCUGAUGUCACAAAUGGAUUGAAUGACGUCUCAAGAACUCGUUGGAUAUUUAUAGUACCGGGCUGCCUGGCAUCUGCUACUCACAUCAUGGAUAGAAUGAAGUUUCAAUAACUUGUUGGUGAUUCUGAUGGUGUACGUUACCGAAGUUGUAACUUGCAAGGGCUUCUGUAUACAAGGGAGUAGCGUUAAUAGCGGAGACAUGGUAUGUGAACCUCGGCGGCGCCUGUCAUAAGUAAAAACAGGCAUUUUCGGUGUUGAUCUGUGAGUGAGUGUCGAAUGUGAAAAAAUUUCUUGUUUGCUUGUGUCUGUAUUGGGCAGAGGAAUAGGAAGGAAAGGGACAAGAAAUUUAUUUGCAGCUUUCUUGUACAAAACACAAUGGGUUAGUAAAAACAAUUUUCAAGGCCUCUGGGAAUAGAGAGGAUUUUGUCCGAGGAGGUUAAAAUUAUGUGAAAUUCAUUAAAUGAUGAUGUCAUGAUGACGUAAUGUCUCAAAAAAAAAAAAAAAAAAAAAUUAGAUCAUGAGUGUUUCCUGAAGUUGGAAGUUAAUUUUUAUCCGAACACAACUUUGCAUGAAAGAUUAUUAUAUACUAUUUUAUGUUACUUGAAUAUAAUACAGGUGGUGUAUGUCCUAGCAUAAUUUUCUAUAUAAUACUCCAAUAACAUGUCUUACUUUUCCUACAAUAUAUAUGUGGCCAUUAUUUAUUUUAGUAUGAUUUUUGCGAUGCCACUAGUAUUAAUCUUUAUCCUAUAUAUACACACACACACACAGCACAUAUGUUUGUAGUUCAUUAGAAAUCUAAAUUUAUUUUUUUUAAUGUUAAGAUUUAGGAUUUAAAAGAAGCAAUAAAAAUCUAUCUUUAUUAUAUAAAGAAAUGUAUUAUAACAUCAAUUUGUAUUACACAUUAUAUUCGAGAACGGAAAAAAAUCAAUAAAUUAGCGUUCACUUGAUAUACAAGAAUGGUCUUGUUGUCCUUGUAGUCGGUAAAAUUUAUUAGUUUAAACAAUUUGAUUGCUAAUAAAGCCUAAAGGUUUUGUUUGUAUAGCACGAGAAAAAAAAUAAUGAGAGCAAAUACUAAGAAAUAACGGUGAUAACCUCUUAUGGUGUUUAGCUAAUGAUGCUAAUGACGAGGUAAAAGUCAGGUAAUAACCUCAAACUGUGUAUGGGAAAUAUAGCAGAGUGAUUUUUGUUUGGAGAAAAGAGAGAUUUUGUAAAUUUUGA